AUGGGCCAAACGCGCGCAGAAAUGCGUGCCGCCCAGCGGUGGGCGGCGGGCCUUGUCGUGGCGCAGCGUAUUUACCGGCGAGAAACACGGCGGCGCGGAAAAGGAGAGAGAGCGCGUGGCUCAUUUAGUUCCGCUGGUGGAACGGUCGGCGAGCAUAUCAUUCCAGUCUCUCAACCCACUGUCCGUCUUCGCCUCCCCUCUUCUCCCAUUCCGCACACUUCCCUGUCCCUUUUCCCCCUGCCGUUUCUCUCCCUUUCCCCGUCCGCUACGCGCCGUCCCCUUUCCGCCACCCUCUUUCUCAUUCCGCCUCUCCGCCUCCCCCUUCCGCCUCUCCGCCUCCCCCGUCCGCCAGUGCGCCAGCUGGGGCUGCCCACGGACCUGGCGGCGGUGGCGCUACUGGCGCAGGCGGCGGACGACUACGUGCGGGGCGAUAAGAGCACAUCCGAUAAGAGCCGCGCCAACCUGCUCGCGCUCGUCGCGCAGACAGGGGGAGGCGGCGCGGAAGGGGAGGCGGAGGCGGGGGAGGAGCUGGGGGAGGAGCUGAUCGCGGAGCUGGACGCGUGCAUGCUGUCUUACUUUGGCUUCCACUGGCCGCACUCGGCGCUCAUGAUCGAACAGGUGUUCCGAGGGCCCAGCAGUAAGCUGCACUUGAGGGACGCCGUCAACGCCGUCAUCCGGCAGAGGCGGUUCAACGAGGCCAUAACGUGUCUGCGCCCGCAGCAGCGCUUCUCCCAGCUGCUGGAAGAAAUGAAGGUCCUCGGCUGUGGCCCCCGCCUGGGCGGAGCAGGGGGAGUGGGGGGGGGAGGGGGAGGAGUGGAGCAAGGGAGAGCGGAGCAGGGAAAAGGAGGCCAGGGGAGUGCAUCUGAAGGAGGGAAUGGACGGGAAGGUAGAGAUACGGCCGAGCGCAGUGAAGCAGUGGGAAGAGAUGGCCCUGAGAGUGAGAGUGGGAGUGAAGUCCGCUUAAAAAGCACCAGAGACCCGCUCCCACUCCCUGAGGGUGACAACCUCACCGCCCACUCCCCCUCUCACUCCCUCUUCCAGUUCCCCACUUCCUCCCCCUCUCACUCCCCCUCUCGCUCUCCUUUGCACUCUCACUCUCCCUCCCGCUCGCCCUCCCGCCCGCGCACCUCAAGUGCGGAGAUCCCGAGGGAGGGGGAGGUGAUGGUGCCGGCAGCAGCGGCGGUGCGCUCGCCCGUGUUGCUUCUGAUUGGUGGGGGCAUGGGCGCCGGCAAGUCAACUGUGGUCAAGGAGAUCAUGAAACGCACCUUUUGGGCGCACAUGGCGCCACAUGCGGUGGUGGUCGAAGCCGACGCAUUCAAAGAAAAGGACGCAAUCUUCCGAGCACUCUCCGCCGACCGGCUGAGCGACGCCGCCCGGAUUUCGCAGCUCGUGCACGAGGAGUCAACCCGGGCGGCGCAGUCAACGCUGGUUACCGCGCUGAACGAGGGGCGGGACGUGAUAUUUGACGGGACCAUGUCGUGGGCCCCGUUUGUGCAGCAGACGAUUGCCAUGGCUAGACGGGUGCAUGAGAGGCGGUUUAGGAUGGGGCCGGGGUAUCGAGUGAAAGAGGAUGGGAGUGUGGUGGAGCGGUAUUGGGAGGAGGUGGAGGAGGAGGAUGGGAGUGAGGGAGUGGUGGAGGAGGGGAAGGAGAGAGCGGAUGGAGAGAUGGUUGGGAGCGAGAGAGGGGAGGAGGUGGAGGGGAGGAGGGAUAAGCCAGUGAAAGAGCCAGAGGAGCAGAAUUUUGAGCCAUAUGAGUGGGCUCAAAAAGAGGAGCAGCAGCACCGGCCCAAGAGGCACAGCAGUCCACGGAGGGCCUUGGGAUCGGGGGGAGGGACCAGAUUGGGCGUGGGAGGGAGAGCUGCGGGUGACCGAUUAGAUCGUUCGAGCUGCUCCAGCAGCGGGAAGGGGCAGGAAAAAGGGGGCGCGGAGGGCAUGGGAAGGAGGCACAGGGGAGGAGAGAUGUGUUGGGAGAGGAGGGGGCGGGGGGGAGGGGGGGAGCAUCGGCUGCCGUACCGUAUCGAGCUGGUGGGCGUGAUGUGUGAUGCCCACCUGGCUGUUGUGCGCGGCAUGCGGCGGGCCAUUCUGACAAAGAGGGGAGUGCCGGUGCACGAGCAGCUGCGGUCGCACAAGCUGUUUGCCAGCAGUGUGGAGGCGUACUGUGACCUCGUGGACGUGGCUACGCUCUACUCCACCAACCAUAUGGGCGGACCACCACAACUAAUAGGCUACAAGGAGGGCACGUCACCCCCGAGAAGCGCACCAACCACCCCACCAUCCACCCCAACCGGCAUGAUCACACCGCCUACAAGCAAGCCCCCCAGCACUGGCGCCAUCUGCAGCGGAGGGGUGUGCAGCCACCUGCUGGUCGACUCAGCAGCCUUUCACUUAGUCUCCGACUUGAAGCGCGUCAAUCCCCGCGCCUCCUGCGUUCUCGAGCUUUACUUCAAGGAGGGAGAGGGAGAUGGUGAUGGGGAUGGAGAGGGAGAGAGGGGGGGCAGGAGAAACCUCUGGUGGCUGCCCGGAUGGUGGUUGUCCCUGUGGGGCUGGAGAAACCGGGCAGCACGGGCAGGCGGGGAAAAGUUUGGGCCGGGCAGCACGUGGAGGGAGGUGGUACUGGCGGAGGAGCGGGCGGCGCGGCAGGCUCGACUGAGGGAGGCGUUUACUGAGCUGCAGGCGUGCCUGUGGCCGGCAGCUCACAGCAACCGAGGCAUCACCUCGUCUACCAGCUUCACCUCCCUGCAAUCCCUCCCUUCCCUUUUCUGUUCUCCUAACACCCCGCCGUCGCCUCUCCUCCCAUCCCACUGUGUCCUCUCCCUCACUCCCCGCCAUCUCCUCUGCCUGCCUCUCAGCCGCCGUCGCCGCUCCUUCCUAUCCUGCAUCGCCUCUGCCUCCCACCCCGUCAUAGCCUCUCCCUUCCUCCUCUCCGUCGCCUCUCCCUCCCUUCCCGCCGUCGCCUCUGGUGGGUGCACGAGCGUGAGCGCGGGUUUCUGCCCGACCGCGCGUUGUUUUCUGAGGCACCGUUGUCUCAGCCUUGCGCGCUGGCGCCUUGCGCGCUGGCGCCUUGCGCGCUGGCGCCUUGCGCGCUGGCGCCUUGCGCGCUGGCGCCAUGCGCGCUGGCGCCAUGCGCGCUGGCGCCUUGCGCGCUGGCGCCUUGGGCGCUGGCGCCUUGCGCGCUGGCGCCUUGCGCGCUGGCGCCUUGCGCGCUGGCGCCUUGCGCGCUGGCGCCUUGCGCGCUGGCGCCUUGGGCGCUCGCGCCUUGCGCGAGUUUGA